GGUUCCAGUAUAGGCGACAUCGUCAAUGCCGGGCUCUGGCGCAGUGCUAGACAGACGCUGCUCGACAUGCCCUCCUACACUCUCGGCAUCCUCAUCCUUGUUCUUAGUCUGCUCAUCAUCUUCAUGGCCGGUUUCUGCGCCUGCCUGUCACUGUGUCGCCGAAGACAAGUCAACUUUCUAAUGACUCCGAUUCACAAAGCCCAAACAACUACGAACCCCGGAGCUUCUGGAAUGGGAUCAGCAUCAUUUGGAGGCGGUCAGGCCUCCCGGUUCACUGCGCGUCAUUGGCUGAGGGGCUCUGCGCAACGAGACGGCUUCCUACCAUUGACUCAAAGUGAUGAUGACGACGACGUUUAUGAAAGGGGCUUGGAACAGGGAAGCGAAGAGCUAAAUCAAAAAGUAUGCAAGGACAAUUCAGCCGAGAAGAAGAGACUCGGACAGUUCUACCAAAGGCUGUUGCGAGGGCCAGAUAAUGGGUUUGUAUACUCUUUUUCUCAAAAAAAUAAGCCAUCUUGUCGUCGGGAGGACGAAGUAAUUAUCUUAGGGAACAGCAGUUCGGACCGGCAGCCAACCAGGAACCAUAUAAACAUAGAUUUUGUGCAAAAAGAAGAAGAGGAGGAUGAGGUAUACGCUGCCAACAAUUCGCCAGGAGCUUAUACUAGUUACCGCCGGUUGCAGCCACCCAACCUGAAUGUGCCCACACUCAGAGCCCCGGAAGCGAGGCGACAAUUCCAUCCUAGCCUAAGCUCACCAGCCCCACAGGCCUAG